GAUCAAAAUCAGUCCUUUUGAUUGGCUGACUACCACGUUGACUUGACUACUCUUCUUUCCUUUCCUUUCUUCGGUUGCGGCUUUGCCACAAUAAAAUGCAUUUAUAAAAACCACACUACAAAUCGAAACCCAAAACUCAGAAAUAAACAAAAUUAAAUUUUAUUAAAAUGGAACCCCCUAUCCGCCAUAGCUCCUCUGCUCUCUUUCUCUUCUUCAUCAUCUUCUUCUUCUUCCAUCACUCCGCCGCCCAAGCCCCCGACGCCGAUGGCUACACCUGCUCCGCCAACCAGACUGCCACCCCAUGCCAGGCCUACGUCUUCUACCGAGCCGCCGCCCCCAAUUUCCUCGACUUGGCUGCCAUUGCUGACCUCUUCUGGGUCAGCCGCCUUGAAAUUUCCCGUCCCAGCAACAUCUCCGACUCCAACGCCACUUUCCCCCUCCUCGACGGGCAGUCCCUCUUCAUUCCCAUCACUUGCUCCUGCCACUCCGUCAACGCCUCCGUCAGCAUCUCUUACGCCAAUCUCUCCUACAAAAUCAACGUCGGCGACAAUUUCUGGCUUGUCUCCACCUCCAAGUUUCAGAAUCUCACCACUUUCCAAUCCGUCGAAAUCGUCAAUCCCACUUUAAUCGCAACUAAUCUCUCCAUCGGUGUCGACGUCGUUUUCCCCAUCUUCUGCAAGUGCCCUAAUCCCACCCAACUCCGAAAUCGCGUCAAUUUCAUGGUCUCUUACGUGAUUCGGCCUGCCGACACUCUGGCUUCCAUAGCUUCAAGGUUUGGAGUACAAACAUCGGAUAUCACAGCCGCGAAUCGGCCCAAUCCGCAGACAUUCGAGACGAUUUUCAUCCCGGUGAGUCGUCUGCCCAAUUUGACGCAGCCCAUUGUGUUGCCGCCGUCUCCAGAGCAGGCGCCGGCUCCGGUUGAAGAAGGGAAAAACAGAGCAGUGACAGGGCUGGCGAUUGGGAUGGGGAUUGUUGGGUUUUUGCUGAUCUUACUGGUGGGUUUGUGGGUUUGUGGAGUGGGGAAGAGGAGGAGGGGGAAGGAGAGGGAAAUGGAGGAGGGAUAUGAGAAACAGAGAGUGCAGGAUAUUGGGAUUUGGAAAGGGAAAGGGAAGGAAAUGGAGGUGGAUUUAAUGGCGGAUGUGUCCGAUUGUUUGGAUAAAUACAGAGUUUUCAAAAUUGAGGAGCUUAAUGAAGCGACGGAUGGAUUCAGCGAGAGUAGCUUGAUUCAAGGAUCGGUUUAUAAGGGGAGCAUCGGCGGAGUUGAAUAUGCUAUCAAGAAGAUGAAGUGGAAUGCCUAUGAACAGCUCAAGAUCUUGCAGAAGGUAAACCAUGGUAAUCUAGUGAAGCUUGAAGGCUUUUGCAUUGACCCUGAAGAUGCAACCUGCUACCUAAUUUAUGAAUAUGUAGAGAAUGGUUCGCUUUAUUCAUGGCUACAUGGAAGCCAAAAUCAGAAACUAAACUGGAGAAUGAGAUUGAGGAUUGCGAUCGAUGUGGCUAACGGACUACUAUACAUCCAUGAGCACACGAGGCCGCAAGUCGUUCACAAAGACAUAAAAAGCAGCAACAUUCUGCUGGAUGCAAACAUGAGGGCUAAGAUAGCCAACUUUGGGUUGGCAAAGUCAGGAUGCAAUGCCAUAACCAUGCACAUUGUUGGAACUCAAGGCUAUAUAGCACCCGAAUACAUAGCUGAUGGAGUCGUGUCGACAAAGAUGGACAUCUUCUCGUUUGGAGUUGUUCUGCUUGAGCUGAUCUCUGGGAGGGAGGCCAUUGACAACGAAGGAGGGGUUCUAUGGAUGAGAGCCAGUACUGAAUUUUUAGAAGGGAAGGAGAAGGAUAAGUUGGAAAGUUUGAAGAGUUGGAUUGAUGAAGCUCUUUUCAAGCAAUCGUGCCCGAUGGAGAGUUUGAUGGAUGUGAUGAAUGUGGCUGUCAGUUGCUUGCAGAAGGACCCAACGAAGAGGCCAAGCAUGGUCGAGGUGGUUUAUGCCCUAAGCAAGACCGAUGACGCCGUGUUCGAUUUCUCUGAUGAUAAUUUAUCAGCUCCUCCCUUGGCAGCUAGAUAGCCAAACUAUAGUCAGUUCAGUUUCCUGCCUAUACAAAAAGGACAAGCAUGUUGUAUGUAUUAUUAUCGUAAUCAGAGGCAUAAACAGUGUACUUUCUAUAUCAAAGGCUAGCUUGCAAUAAAGUUUAUGUAUAUAUACAUUUGAAUAAGUUUUUGAUUUAGUUUUUGUACAAGACUUUA